GUCUCCGGAGAGACGACGACGAGAAUCACAAAGCCAUGGAGUUGGAAUUCCGGCGUCGCGACUAUGGAGCUACACAGAAAUCUCAAUUUCUUCCUCGGUCACAUGCUCAAAAGCAUCCUCUUUCCUCUACACUUGCUUCUCGUCAACAACAGGCUAAAACUGUUAGAGGUAACGAUCUUGACUUCUUUGAUCCGUUGCGGGGAUUGGAUGUGAAUGCUUCUGCAGAAGAGAAUGUUGAAGAUACUUCUAUGUCCAUUGAAGCUGUAACUCAAGAUCUGAUAAAAGAGUGGAAAUCACUUAAAAGAGUCUUAAUGCAGCGGUUUCCUGUCUCCAAAGUGAUUUCAUUUUCUCCAAUAUCUAAUAUAAUAAUGAAAGGUUCCAAAGUUGAGGCCCCUUCUGCUCUUUCCCAUUCGGAGGAAACCGGUAGCGAACAAACUUCUCUGGAAGAGCCGGCCAAAAUAAUCAACCAACAGGAAUAUAUAGCCAAAGUGCAUGAGCUAAGAGAGGGAAUAAAUUGCGCUUGGCAGGCUGAAGAUCGAGUAACAUCGUUGAAGUUAUCAAUAAAGGUCACAAAACUUCUGAUGGAUACAACAGUUUUGCAGUUUUAUCCUACAGUCUUUGUCAUUGUCACUGACAUGCUAGAUAUGCUUGGGGAUAUGGUGUGGGAACGGAUCAAACAGAAAGCAGAACUUGAUGUAGAUGGAACAGUGAUCUGCUCCUUACUGAAUGAUUUUCAAUCAAGUGAUAUCUGCCUUGAAGCAAGAGAGACUUGCUAUAACUGGUUUUGCAAAGUUGGUUCUGUUCGAGAACUUCUCCCUCGCAUUUAUCUGGAGCUUGCAAUCUUGCCUUGCUGGCGUUUCCUCAUUAAUCAACCCAUGGAAGUACUAGAUCGUUUAGUCAUGAUGGUGAGAGGUCUCGCAGAUCCACUGGCAUCUUUGUACUGUCGCCUUUAUAUGGUGCAUCGCAUGCAGAAGUUCGGCUUCUGCAAUUCUGGAUAUUUAAUCAAAUGCAUCAAGGAUAUUGAAGAUGUAUUAACACCUGUUUUAGUGGACAAGGAGGGGUAUUCCUAUAUUACAGACGACAAAAAGUUGCUUUUUAGUUUGGUGGAACCAGCCAUCGAGUAUAUAGUGAAAUGCUUAUUUCUAACUGGACGUCAGGAGAACAAUGUCUUGGGCAUGCUUGAGGAGCUUGGAUUUGGAAGGAACAAAUUUCAGUCAUCUUGCAACUCUUCGCAUGUGUCCAUUUUACUUCAUCAUCUACUCAAGGAACUUCCAUCUGAAUUAGUUAUUUCACUAACUACGGAGAUCCUGGAUAUGAUUAAAUGCAGCAAUGAUUGUUCCUUUAGUCAGGUUUUGAAUUAUAGGUUAUUGGGAAAUAAACUGUCUGAAGGGAAAUCUCAAGAAGGUUUUCUCAGUUCACUCAUUGAUGAAGUUAUUCAGGCCGCUUCUCAGUAUCAGUCACUGUAUGACUACUUAAGAAUUAUGGACGCAUAUGUGGAUCUUAUGUUGCAGAACAAGAUGGAAAAUCAUCUGGAUGCUCUCUUGGAUGAUAUUGUAAAUCUAGCUCGUGACAAGUUUCUUUCUGAAGAAGAACAAGCAAGUUUGCAAUCCAUAAUUUUGAAGCUGCUCGCUCAUUUCGAGAACUUGCAAGAAGUACUUCCUCUGAAUCAUUUCAUCGAGAUUCUGGAUCUUAUGUCUGGGACUUCAAAGAGCAGUGUAAACAUGCAUCUUCUUAACAUGGGUACAAGGAAUGGCUGCAUUUGUGAUUCAACAACAGUGCAAUUUCUUUUCGAAGUUUCUCAGGCUCUUUAUGAUGCUACAGAUUUCGUUAACAUAAAGGAUGAUGACAAUAGACAGACAUCACAUUUAAUUUCUCGUUUUGUUGAGAUGGUUGACUAUGGGGCAGAAAUGGAACGCCAUUUGAUGUUUUUGGCGGAGUGUCGUGAGGCCUUUAAUGGGAUACAUGAACUUAAGGAAACACUUGUCCGUUCAAGCAACACCUUAGCAGUAAAAGCACUGAAAGCAGGAAAGAAGCAUACCAACUUUGUAAAAUCUUGCCUAGCAUUUAGCGAAGUGACCAUCCCCUCUAUUUCAUCUCCCACGAAACACUUAAAUCUUUAUCUUGAAACUGCAGAGGUUGCACUUUUAGGUGGUUUGAUUUCUCAUUCAGAUGGACUGGUCAUGUCAGCUGUUGAGUAUCUAGAGAAUGUAGCGGUAACAGAUGGUUUAAAAUCAAUUGACGUAGAUAGUAUGGCCUCGGUUGUAUGCAAAUUGUGCAGCCUCUUGGUAAUGGUCCCAGGUAAUCCCGAGAAAGGCGUGAUGGAGAUCCUUAAAAGUAUCUUCUCUGCUACUUGUUCUAGUUCAUGGGCAACGCCGAGAUUAAAGGUGAAGAUAUUCUGUGCUAUAAUGUCACUGUUGUCAACACUUUCUCAGGAAAAUCUGCCUUACCAUUCUGCCAAUCCAGAGAUAAUUGGAAAUGAUUUGUUGUUCUUUGGUGAUUCAUCAUACAAGCAGGAACUUGUCUCAUGUAGUCAGUUAGUUCUAAGUGAGCUAUUAGAUGCUAUUGAGCAAGAGUCUUCACAGAUUGCUCGGGGGAAUAUGGCCCUUGAAGCUUGCAAUUGCAUAUCAUUAGCACUAGUUAUGAAUGAGAAAGUCACAGAACUUUGCUUGAGACUGCUGGAAACAGCAAAAGGUUGUUUGGGUGCCAACGACAGUUCCAUGGUGUUGAAUCGGCAGGCGAAGCAAGAAGAGAGUCUGAGAAGAAAACAAGUGUUCUUCUUCAUAUCCUCAUCUCCUUCAAGCUUAAGCAGCAAACAUCAAUGGCAAAUCAGUAAUUAUCCUAAAAAUGGGUUCAGACUAAAACCAAAAGCAAGUGUGGUUCCUCCUUCUGAGUCUGGUGAUAUCACUACCUUCCUCCUCGUUAGUGGAGCAAUGAUCUCCAUGUAUUUGGUAACCAAUUUUUUGGUUCCAUCGUUGCUUUUUAAGUCGCUCCAAGGUGAUGAAGAGGAAGAAGAUGAAGACUCCGAUUAAACUAUGAGCUCCAUUAAUUGGUUUAAGUUUUAUAAAACUAUGAACUAUUAAAUGAGUUCUUAACUU